AUGUCUUCGCUUCCUUUCCCGCGCCACUUCCAGAGCCAGACUCAGCUGGACUCGGUGCGCCGCCUUCUGGGAUGGUCCCCCUCUCCAGACGCCACAAGCACAACCGCCAGAGCCGCCUCAGCUGGGGGGUCCGGCCCCCAGCCAGUACCAGCAGCAGCCGGACCCAGCGGUCCGGAACCGGAGGCCGCCACACCCCCAAGGCCUGAGCCCAUCCCAGAGGAGGAGGCCGCCGGACCAGCUGCGUUGACCGAGGCGUCCGAAGCAGCAGCAGCACCAGACGCCGAGCUGGAGCCUCCUCCAGCUGUACCAGCAGCGGCAGCACCGGGGGAGGCGACGCCGGAAGCAGCAGCAGCGCCGGAAGUGGCGGCGCCGGAGGUGGUGCCAGAGGUUCACGAGGAACUGGAGGCAGGGAUCCGGCGGGAGUGGGAGAGGCUGAAGGCAGAAUGCCACCGGCUCCUCGACUGGGAGCAGCGCCUGGGGGACUGCAUCAAGUCCGUCACCGCCCGCUACACCGAUGAACGCGCCAAACUCGUGCUGGAGCGUGAGCUCCUGCAGGAGCAACUGCAGCAAGCUCUCAACCGGGAGGCGGCUGCGGCCCAAUGGGAGAGAGCGACAGUGCGGCGGGAGGCGGAUGCUCUCAGGCGGGAGAUCGCAGCGGAGGAGAAGGUGCAGGCAGUGGCGGAGCGGGAGAGGAUCUCCCUAGAAUUGGCCGAGCAGGCCAAGAGGUUGGUGGAGGUGAACGCGGUGCAGGAGGCCACUCGUGCAGAGCUGGCGGCAGCUGCGGCGAAGAGGAAAGAAGAACUCGCCACCCGCAAAGCAGAGGAGGUGUCCCGGCUCAAGGAACUCCAGGCGUGGGAGGCGGCCGUGGAAGAGGAGCUGUCGGCCGGGACCCAGAGGCUCCGGGAGCGCGAAGCGGCCCUCCAGGAGAGGGAGGCGAGGGUGGAGAAGUUCCAGACGGAGCGGAGCACCAGCAUCGGCUGCAUCGUUAGGUGGGCCGGUGAGGUGAACUCCUCCCUGGAGGCUCUCGGAGCAAACCCCAUCUGGGUGGCGGAGGCUCCUUCAUCGCUUGGCGUCGCCCUCCAGGUGCUAGACGCUGCCGCCGAGUGA